CCUCCCACCGCCGCGGCCAUCUCAAUCUUUCACGUCCCUCACAAAUUUGCAAACCUCCCCUCCCUUCACACAUUGACAACAACAGACAGGUCUUCGCAUCUGUACUUUCCUGGUCAACAUCUGCCAGCACCUCUUCAACCCCUACCAUCGUUUUUACCAUCACCUGGUUAUUCUCACCGAAAUCUCAUCAGCCAUGGCGGAGCCUAUCAGAAACAAGCGGCCAGACAUCCCCACCGCUCCCACCCCGCAAAACACCCCGGCAAGCAAUGCUCCUAUCUCAUCGCACGCCCAGCAGCCCGGAGUCGCUAGCAUCAAGGAAGAGGACCUGGACCGUGUCGCUGCUGCUUCGAUCUUUGCCCAGAACCCCAAGCUUGUCUCUCUGAUCCAGGGCCGUCUCAGCACCCUUGUCGGCCGAUCGUCGGGUUACAUCGAGUCCCUCCCGCCCCAGAUCAAGCGCCGUGUCGCCGGCUUGAAGGGGAUCCAGAAGGACCACUCCAAGCUUGAGGCCGAGUUCCAGGAGGAGGUCCUGCAGCUGGAGAAGAAGUAUUUUGCCAAGUUCACCCCCUUGUACGAGAAACGUGCCACCAUCGUGAACGGCGGGGCCGAGCCCACCGAGGAUGAGAUCAAGGCCGGCGAGGAAGACGAUGAGCCCGAGGAGGGUGAGGACGCCGAGGAGAAGUCGGGCGAAUCUGCCGAGACAGCCGAGGACAAGGCUGGCGUCGCAGGCAUCCCCGAGUUCUGGCUUUCUGCUAUGAAGAACCAGAUCUCGCUCGCCGAAAUGAUCACCGACCGUGACGAGGAUGCCCUGAAACGUCUGACUGAUAUCCGGAUGGAGUACCUUGACAAGCCCGGCUUCCGUCUCAUUUUCGAGUUUGCCGAGAACGACUUCUUCACCAACAAGACCAUGACCAAGACAUACUUCUACCGGAACGAGAGUGGCUACGGUGGCGACUUCAUCUACGACCAUGCCGAGGGCGACAAGAUCGACUGGAAAGCGGGCAAGGACUUGACCGUCCGGGUUGAGCAGAAGAAGCAGCGCAACAAGAACACGAAGCAAACCCGCAUCGUCAAGAAGACCGUCCCCACCGAGUCGUUCUUCAACUUCUUCUCCCCGCCCAAGGCUCCGACUGAGGACGACGACGACGCUGCCUCGGACAUCGAGGAGCGCCUUGAACUGGACUACCAGCUGGGCGAGGAUAUCAAGGAGAAGCUCAUUCCCCGUGCCAUCGACUGGUUCACCGGCGAGGCUCUUGCAUACGAGGAGAUUGACGAGGACGACUUUGAGGGCGAAUUUGAGGACGAAGAUGACGAGGAUGAUGAUGAUCUCAGCGAGGAUCACGACGAUGACGAGGAGUCUGAGGAAGAUGAUGAGGAUGGUUCAAAGCCCAAGCAGGAGGCUGCGGAGUGCAAACAGAGCUAAAGGAGGCCCGAGAGAGUUCUACCGAUAUCUUCGAGCAACGGCCGAUGAUACUUGGCUCCCCUCCUUCGCAUAAUCCCGGGCUUCGCCACAAAUAAUCUCUCACUACACGAUGCGGUUCCUGGGACUUGUUUAUCGCGUACAUGGAUGGUUGAUAGAAAAAUAAUACUACUGCACGGGGACAGAGGGGGC